AUGUCUUAUGCUAAAGAUGCCCAAGCUUUAGUGAUAGGAUUAGAGCAUCGAUUUUAUGGAAAUAGUCGCCCAUUUGCGAAUACGUCGUUGGAAAAUCUAAAUUACCUCAAUGUGCAACAAGCAUUAGCUGACAUUGCAUAUUUUAUUGAAACAGUGAAUCAAAAGUUUUUAGUGCCUGAAAAUACCAAAUGGAUUCUGUUUGGUGGUUUUUAUGGCGGAUCAUUGGCUGCAUGGGCUCGUGCUAAGUAUCCGCAUCUGGUGUAUGGAGCUAUUGCUUCUGGAGCUCUUAUAUCGAUCAAGUCAGAAUACCCAGGUAAAUUGAUCAAGAAUUAUGGCAAAGAAUACCUGCUAACCAAGUAA